CGGACAGCCUGACACAGCUCUGUCUCACAACCCGAGGAUGUUCAGCCGAGGUGUCUAACAUAUAGCCAGUUAAGUCACUUCUCUAUAUGAUCUAAGUCUUUCAAUUUCUGGGAAAUGGAUUUAGAAAAAUGCAAGAGAGAAACUUCAGCAAAAGACAGUUUAUGGAAGGAGAACCUGAAGGUUCCUUCUGAAGCUGGUCUCCUGCGAUUCACAUUUGUUCCUUCAUUUGGAAGACUGCCUACCCAGUUCCACAUUGCUGAUGCCGCAACAUUUCUUGGAGUUGCAGAGCGAACUUUGGAUAAGAACUCUCAAGAAUGUGCUACAAACAGAACUGACACACUUGCUGAAGACAAGGCCUUAGGAAAAGAAAGCAAAGUUGAAGCCACCAGUCCCACAAACAGCCACUGCAAGAGUUUCCACCUGGAAGGACAUAAAACAGGCAGAGGGGAAAUGGAGGGAAAUGACCUUUUCAAAGCUGAGUUUGUCUUCAUUACGGACUCUGAUGAAGACACACAAGCUGCUGCAGGCGAUGACCAUGGAGGGGCCAAGAUUUCAGAGACAUCCUGUGUGUCUGUUGGUGGUGAGUCAAGAGGACAGCUAGAUGCUCCACAAGUCCCAUUACAGACUGAACUUCCUGCUGGUUCUGCUAGUCAACAGAAACAUGCCCAGUUAACUUCUCCUCUGUCUGCCUCUGAUCAUCUUUCCCAUAAAUCGCCUGCUUCCCAUUUACUUUCUCCAACUAACCUGCGGGCAGAAUGUGAACUGGCUCCUGCAGUCCACCAAGCCUCUUCUCUGCACGAAGCCCAUAGGCAGUGGCAGUCUACAGAUGGAUCCACCCUGUGCCAGUCAUCCGCCUACAUACAGUCUACCACUUCUUCCCGUCUACCUCCUUCCAUAUUGAAAAGGCCUGCCUUCCCACUUAACUGCCCUUCGGAGAGUGCUUUGUUACUGAGUGGUCCCCAGACUAGCAAGCCUCAUGAGAAAGCUGAAUCUAGCUGCUCUCCGCCUUUGUCAAGCAAGGACUCACGUCCUUCUUCACAGGUUCUCAGUUCUGCAGAUGCUCUUCAGAGCGCCUCUCCUCAAGCUCAUUCGCCUCUUCCUUCUAAAAGACCUGGCUCAUGGUCUGUGGCUCCUGUCUGUAUCACAACACAUGUACUCUCUCCCAGCCCGAAGCCUUUGUCUUCUCCUCUGCAUGGCUCAUCCUCAACCCUGCACAGCAUAAACAGCCACUGUAGCCAAAGGUCAUCUAGUGGAAAUCUUCUGACCUCGGGAAAUAAAUCCCCUCUGCCAACCAGGCUUUCUCUUUUGACUGCUAUUCUGAAGUCAGGAUCUUCUCCCAAAAGGCCAUUUUCUCCUGCAUCUUGUCCCGCCACAUUUUCUCCUAAUUCCUUAGGCUCUUCCAUGCUGACAAUAGACCAGAAGUUUACCACCCCUCCAACUCCUAAGAAAUCUGGCUCAAAUGUUUUGACAAGGUCAGAUUCCCCAAGCCAAAAUGAACAUUGCCUUUCAGUCUUUUCUAACGUGCCAAACCACAUAGCCUUGCAAUCCAAGUCUAGUCCGACUCGUCGGUGUAGGUCAGUCUCCCCUAACAGGCAACGCAAUGGUAGGGAACUUUCUCCAGACAAAUUUCGCCCUUUGUCACCCACAAUUUCAUCCUAUAGAAAAACUGCUGUGUCUCCUCUGUUGCAACCCAAGCUGACUUAUUUUUCCUUACCUCCCCAUGCGCCCAGAAAGGGGGCACUCUCCCCUGUCCAUAGAACACGAGGACCUGAAAAGUCUAAGAUGGUACAUACCUACUCCCCCACUUUCACUGCAAAGUCCUAUCCUGUGUCAGCUCCUGGUGUUGAUCAAAAGGGCACAACAGUGACCCCCACUGCAGAAAAAGGCCCUCCCUCUCCAACUUUUAGGCUUUCUAAUGAUCAAUUUACAGGACAUUUAGCUCAAGUCUCUGCUAAGGACCCAUAUACUUACCCAUCCGCUCCAUCGCCUCGCUGGUCCCUUUCUCAUCCCAUUUCAAACUCAGCUGCUCCCUCAGGCUGUGCUAAACCCCCUUCACCUCAGGACAGUUCCUCCUCAGUUCACUCAAGCUUCAGAGCUUGCCCUCCAUCUUCAAGACCCAGAACUCCAACAGUAUCUCAGCAUAGAUCUCCGACCAUGGUGCACUCACCUUGCCCAUGGUUGUCAAGAUCCAGGGAGCUGCAUUCACCGCUGUUUUUCUCCCUCCCUUCUGACUCUGAGAACAAGACUUCCAAGAUCAAGACAAGCUACAAGGCAUUUGCAGCAAUCCCUACAAACACACUGCUUCAAGAACAGAAGGCACUUGAUGAACCAAUUAAAGCAGAAGAGGAGGCUGAAAACAGAGUUUUGGAUACACAUUCAGAGAUCUGUUCCCCGGCCCUGCUCAGGCAGCAAACUGAAGAGCUGUGUGCAGCCAUUGACCAGGUUUUACAGAACCCUCUCUCUGUGAACCAGUCUGAUUCUUCUCCAAGCUCCGUGCAGAACAUUUUGGACUCAAAUAUAGGCAAAACACCUACAGCUUCACAGAGACCAGCUGGCCGGGAAACGAGAUUUGCUAACCUCUAUGUAUCUGGUUCUGCAGUGCCAGAGGGCCCAAAGACAAAGCCUGGUGUCAUCCGUCCCACAAUAGUGAAAGCAAAAAUCAUGGUACAAGAAGAGGAGCCUGUCCAGCCAAACCCAUUCAAAAAGUACCUAGAAGAAACCAACGACCCUGAAACUGAACAGGAUUCAUCUGUUUUCCAACCUUUUUUUCAUACUAAACUGAACCCAUCUACUAAGUCCCCAUUGUAUCCACAGCAGGCCUCCUCUCAUGCUGAUCCGCUAACUCCUGGACCACUCAACCACUUGGGUUCCAUCUUGCGUGAUAACCAUGACAAUUCUUAUAGUCUUUACUAUCGCAAUACUUUGUAUAAUAAGCCCAAUCACCCAAUAGUGCCUAUUCCAGAAAAUGAAGCCCUCAGCUCCGAAGAGCUUUCCUCGCUUGUCUACCAUGAAGAGCAAGAUCUAAGCAAAGGAGAUUUUCCAGACAAUGGAAGGCUUCACAACAAAGAUCAGUGCAGACUCAGAAGAGAGCUUGGCAACAGUUCUGCCAAACCCAGCUAAGACACAAGAUGCCACUGUGAGAUGUCCUGGCUAGAAGCAAGAGCAGACACCAAUUAGGAGUAGAUGCUAAAUGUAGAGAAUAACUUACCAGACUGGUGCAAUGCUGAGAUGAAAUCCAUUCUGAAGUAAACAGAAAUAUUGCCAAUUAAUUUUGCCUUUCUGCCUAUUAACGGAAGAAUAUUGUUAUCCCAUUGCAAGUAACCAGGAAGCAACAAGGCAUCCCACGAGCUGUAUGCUGAAACUACUCUGGAAGAUUUCUCCACAGUCUCACAAAUAGAUUUUUAAUCUCUGCUGUAAAGAAAAUAGAAACAUUUAUCUGGAAAGUGACUUACAUUCUGAAAUGAAUAAAGCUGAGCUAUGUAUUGA